AUGGAUCCUUCUUCUUCUUCCAAAACAACAACAACAAUCAAGUGGGGAAUUGUUGGAUUGGGCGAUGUCUGCCAAACAAAGUCAGGUCCCGCUUUUUUCAAGUGUCAAGGCAGUGAUUUGGUCGCCGUGAUGCGUCGGACACCCGGCAAAGCCGCCGAGUGGGUCGCCCAACAAUCACCACAAGGCAGCGACUGUCAAGGAUACGACAAUUUGGACGCGUUUCUGCAACACCCGUCCUUACAAGCCGUGUAUAUUUCGACGCGACCGGGGACGCAUUUGGAACUGUGUCGAAAAGUGGCAGAGGCGGGGAAAGCGGUAUACGUCGAAAAACCCGUGGGUCGCUGUGCCGCUGAAGCCAUGGAAAUGGCGGCCCUUUGUCAACAGGCAGGAGUCCCGUUCUACACGGCGUACAUUAGUCGAGCCUACGAACGAACCUUGGCCAUUCGCAAAUUGCUGGCAGACCCUAAUAAUAAUAUUGUGGGAGAUACGGUCACGCAAAUCCAAUACACAUUGGUGGGGAACGGAGGAGCUCGGGGGAUGGAACAAGAUGGACAAUCGCUGCCAUGGAGAUUGAUUGCCAAGGAAGCCGGAGGAGGGUUGAUUAUGGACGUUGGAUGUCAUGUGAUUGAUCGGAUAGACUAUCUGUGUGGGCCUCUGCACGAUGUUCAGGGGCAGGCCGAAAACAGAGCCAGUCGCGACUUGCAAAAGGUGGAAGACUAUGUUCAUUUCGAUGCCAAAAUUGGACCCUCCGAUUGGGCUGCCACAUCUAGCGAAGGAGCCUCGGUUUCCUGUACGUGGGAUUUCACGGGAGCAACGGCAGAGGAACGAGAUGAACUGGUCCUUACGGGUCCGAAAGGAUCACUGCGAAUGGCAGGAAUGAGUGCCAACGGGCCUAUUGAAGUCCUCGAUACCAGUGGUACUGUGAUUCGAACCAUUGACGACUUUGUCAUGCCACAGCAUACGGCACAAGGAUUGAUUCAGGCUGUCACCAAUGACAUGCGAGGCUUGGACGUACAUCCGCCUUGUCUGGUGUCGCGGGCGGACAAUGCCAUUCGAACGCAAAAGGUAAUCGAUACAGUCUUGGCAUCCUACUACGGAGGCAGAGAAGUAGGUUACUGGGAUCGAUCACCCGAGAGUUGGCCAGGAUACCAUAGUUAG